CUUGUCGUUGGAGGUGUUCGCGAACGUCGACAACCCUAGCGGCAACAGUUAAAAAAUGGUGUGAAACGGCGACGGAGAACGCGGCGUGCAACUGUUGGAAGCCACUGCUUGGUCCUCGUUUUGGUCCCGGGUUCUGGUCCUCCUAUUGAUCUCCAUCUCCGCCCGGCCACCAGCUCGAAAGCGCACCUACACAUCAUAGUUUCCAUAGACAGUCCCAGUUCCACAUCCACUCCCCCGCCAGCCAGCCAACAACAACAAAAACAACAACAGCAAGAGAAACAACUCAGAAGUCGAAAGGAAUCUGGGAACUCCUGCGACUCCCCCGCGCAAUGGGCACCAUCUCAUCCGUGCUGCAGUGGUCGUGCACCAAAUGUAACACUAUCAAUCCCACGGAGUCGCUCAAGUGCUUCAAUUGCGGCACCGUCCGCAAGGUGUUCCCCCAACAACAGCAGCAGCAGCAUCGCAGCAGCAGCAUCACCGCCUCCUGGACAGCUGAUGAUGCACUGGAGCAGGAGCAGGCGGAGAAGGGGCAGGAGAGGGACAAGGAGAAGGGCAGGGCGGCGGUUGCCAGGAGCGAGUACAAGCAUGUGUACAAGUCCCUGCUGCGCGGAUGCUUGAAAAGACCACAGCGGAACAGCCAGAAUCUGCCCGCCAACUGCGUGGAUUGCGAGGACACGCGCAAGUACAUCAAGAGCUCUAUUGAGCUGUACCGCCACUUCUCGAAUCCGGCCCUGAAUCGGCGGUGGGUGUGCCACGCCUGCGGCACGGACAACAGCUCGGUCACCUGGCACUGCCUCAUCUGCGACACGGUCAGCUAUCUGGCGCCCAUUUACAAGGACGCCAUCGCCGCCGACCGAGGCCAGGAUCUGGCUGGCAGCCUGGGCAAUCGCGGCGAGCUGCUGGCGGCGGACCAUUCACAUCCACAUCAUCAUCACCACUACCUCCACCAGGAACUGGAGGAGCAGCAUCAGCAUCAGUUACAUUCCCAGCACUUGCAUAAGCGCCACCUCAAAGGUAGAUCUGCAUCCGGAUCGGGAUCCGGACCGGGCUCGGGUUCUGGACUGCGCCGCACCCAGAGCCUGAGCACCGCUAUCGACAAGAGCGCUUCCGGGCGCAGCUGCCACAUUUGCUAUGCGAACAACCAGAGCAAGGACAUCUUCAAUCUGCCGCAGAUCAAGCCGGCGCCGCAGCUGACAGGGAUUCCCCCCGUGGCCGCCUGCAGCAACUCCCGUUUUGCCAUCGCCAACGACACUUUUUGCAGGCGCAAACAGAACAACAAUAACAAGAACCAGAAUCACAAGGUGGUUCGCGAGAGCGGUGCCAAGCGGAAGUACAACUUUACCAUCACCACGCUCUCUCGGUCGGCGGCCAAGGAUGCCGGCCAUGGCCAAAUGAAGCCACUGCGUCAGGUCGUUAAUCUAAAUCUGAAUCUACAGCAGGAGCCGCAGCAGAAGUCACCGGCUAAUCCGCAGCAGCUGCAGCGGAAAACCCAGCGGGAGCCAGCAGCAGUGAGUAUGAAUCCCACGCAGUUCACCAUUCCGCGGAACGGCGUCUUCAUAGCCGUCAACGAGUGGUCGGAGCCAAUGGCCAGCAGCUCCUCCGUCUCCUCUAGCUCCAACCAUCAUCAUCACCAUCACAGCAACAGCAAUAGCAAUAGCAGCGGUAACAGCAACAUCAUCAACAACAACAGCAGCAGCUCCAGCGGCAGCAACAAGUUGUAUGAGAACGAAUGCGUGGCCCUGGCCCAGCAGCAACUAAGAGCAGCUGCUGCGCAGGCGGCACAGGCAGCCGCGACGGCGGUGGCCAUUGCGAGUUCGCCAUCAGCUAAGGCUAUGGCCGAACCAGCUCCAACGGCUACCAUGCCCAUCUAUGCGCAGGUGAACAAGCAGCACAAGCUCAAGAAGAAGCAACAGAUUGCCAGCGAAUCGCAAACGAACAACAACACUGGCAGUGGCGAGAUCGCGGAUGCGGUCAGUGAAUCCCUUACCGCCGGACUAGGCACUAGCACCGAUGGCAGCGGCGAGGCCAGCGAAUCCGAGUCGCAGGUGGAGGAGCACUCCAUCUACGCCAAAGUGUGGAAGGGACCGCGCAAGGCGACCGAGUCGAAAAUUAUGCAUGAUCCAGGGAGCAGCAGCCGCCUAUCAGGAGCCGCAUCCGCAGCAGCAGGGACCGCGUCAGCUGGAGCUAUAGCUGCAGCCGUAGGAGCAGCUGCUGCCUCGCGGCACGACAAUAAGACACAGCUUGGCAACGGCAGCCGCAGUAAGAUGUGGAUAUGCAUCAAAUGUUCCUAUGCCUACAACCGACUCUGGCUCCAGACUUGCGAGAUGUGCGAGGCCAAAGCCGAACAGCAGCAACAGCAGUUGCAGCUGCAACAGCAGCAGCAGCAGCAGCAGCAGCACCACCACCACCACUUGCAGCAGCAACAGGCAGAAGCACCCCGCGACGAGCCAUGGACCUGCAAGAAGUGCACCCUGGUUAACUACUCGACAGCAAUGGCCUGCGUGGUGUGCGGCGGCUCCAAGCUGAAAAGCAUCUCUUCCAUCGAGGACAUGACGUUGCGAAAGGGCGAGUUCUGGACCUGCAGCCACUGUACGCUCAAGAACUCGCUGCACUCGCCGGUCUGCAGUGCCUGCAAGUCCCACCGCCAGCCGCAGCUCUCGAUGGCCAUGGAGGCGGUACGGGAGCGACCGGAUGGUCAGUCGUACGAGGAGCAGGAUGCUGCAGCCGUCGGGGGCGGAGGAGGCAGUGCCCACCAAUCGGGCGCCAAUGAGGUCAAGGCGCCUACAGCCUUGAACCUACCGCUAACUUCGGUGGCGUUGCCCAUGCCCAUGCUGCAGCUUCCAACGUCAACAGCGGCUGGUCUGCGCGGCUCACGCAGUCCCUCGCCCAGGAUGCAGCUGCUGCCAUCACUCCAGCAGCAGAGGAACUCCAGCUCAUCGGGCGCUAUACCUAAACGUCACAGCACCGGCGGCUCCAUUGUGCCACGGAACAUUUCCAUCGCUGGUCUGGCCAAUUACAAUUUGCAGCAGGGCCAGGGAGUCGGCUCCGCAUCGGUAGUGUCUGCUUCUGGAGCUGGAUCUGGAGCUGGAGCUGUCGGAGCCAGUACCAGCACAAAGAAGUGGCAGUGUCCCGCGUGCACGUACGAUAACUGUGCCGCUUCCGUCGUUUGUGACAUCUGCUCGAGUCCGCGCGGCCUGGCGAGCGCAGUUUUGGGCGAGGCGUUGGGCAGAAAGUCCGUUCGAGUUGCCCUCACACCGGCAGAUAUUCGGCAGGAGAGCAAGCUGAUGGAGAACCUUCGCCAGCUGGAGGAGACCGAAGCGUUGACCAAGUGGCAAAACAUCAUACAGUACUGUCGCGACAAUAGCGAGCUUUUCGUGGACGAUUCGUUUCCGCCGGCGCCGAAGAGUCUGUACUACAAUCCGGCGAGCGGAGCAGGCGAGGGAAAUCCUGUGGUGCAGUGGCGACGGCCGCACGAGAUUAACUGCGACGGCGGAGCGUAUCCACCGUGGGCUGUGUUCCGCACCCCGCUGCCCUCGGACAUCUGCCAGGGCGUCUUGGGCAACUGCUGGCUACUCAGUGCGCUGGCGGUGCUGGCGGAGCGCGAAGAUCUGGUCAAGGAGGUGCUGGUCACGAAGGAGAUAUGUGGCCAGGGCGCAUACCAGGUGCGCCUCUGCAAAGACGGCAAGUGGACGACGGUGCUGGUGGAUGAUCUGCUGCCAUGCGACAAGCGUGGCCAUCUGGUUUAUUCGCAGGCCAAGCGCAAGCAGCUAUGGGUGCCGCUGAUCGAGAAGGCUGUGGCCAAGAUCCACGGCUGCUACGAGGCGCUGGUCUCGGGCCGGGCGAUCGAGGGACUGGCCACGCUGACAGGAGCGCCUUGCGAGAGCAUUCCACUACAGGCCAGUAGCUUGCCCAUGCCCAGCGAGGACGAACUGGACAAGGACCUGAUAUGGGCCCAGCUGCUGAGCUCUCGAUGCGUACGAUUCCUCAUGGGCGCCAGCUGUGGCGGUGGCAACAUGAAGGUGGACGAGGAGGAGUACCAGCAGAAGGGGCUGCGCCCGCGACACGCCUACUCGGUGCUGGACGUGAAGGACAUCCAGGGACAUCGCCUGCUCAAGCUACGCAAUCCGUGGGGUCACUAUUCGUGGCGUGGCGAUUGGUCGGAUGACUCCUCGCUGUGGACGGACGAUCUUCGGGAUGCUCUGAUGCCGCACGGCGCCAGCGAGGGCGUCUUCUGGAUCUCGUUCGAGGAUGUGCUUAACUACUUCGACUGCAUCGAUAUCUGCAAGGUGCGCUCCGGCUGGAACGAGGUGCGUCUGCAGGGGACAUUGCAGCCCCUGUGCUCCAUCUCCUGUGUGCUGCUCACCGUGCUGGAGCCGACGGAGGCGGAGUUUACCCUAUUCCAGGAGGGGCAGCGCAACUCGGAGAAGUCGCAGCGAUCGCAGCUGGACCUGUGCGUUGUGAUAUUCCGCACCCGGUCUCCGGCGGCGCCGGAAAUCGGUCGAUUAGUGGAGCACAGCAAGCGUCAGGUGCGAGGCUUUGUGGGAUGCCACAAGAUGCUGGAGCGGGACAUUUACCUGCUUGUGUGUCUGGCCUUCAACCAUUGGCACACGGGCAUCGAGGAUCCCCACCAGUAUCCUCAAUGCAUCCUAGCGAUACACAGCUCCAAGCGUCUGCUGGUGGAGCAGAUAAGUCCCUCGCCGCAUCUCCUGGCCGACGCUAUCAUUAGCCUGACCCUAACCAAGGGACAGCGGCACGAGGGGCGCGAGGGGAUGACCGCCUACUAUCUGACCAAGGGCUGGGCGGGUCUGGUUGUGAUGGUGGAAAAUAGACAUGAGAAUAAGUGGAUCCAUGUGAAAUGUGAUUGCCAGGAGAGCUACAAUGUGGUGUCGACACGCGGCGAACUCAAGACAGUGGACUCUGUGCCCCCGCUGCAGAGACAAGUAAUCAUCGUUCUCACCCAACUAGAGGGCAGUGGCGGCUUCAGCAUCGCCCACCGGCUGACCCAUCGUCUGGCGAAUUCCCGCGGCCUGCACGACUGGGGGCCACCCGGCGCCACCCACUGCCCGCCCAUCGAGAAUGUCCAUGGACUGCACGCUCCGCGGCUAAUCACCUAGAAUGGGAUAGGGAUAGGGAUGGAUGGCAGUGACGCAAUUUCGAUGCUACCCCGCGAUAUGUCGCUGUUCGAAUCCUGAUUUGCAUGCGUCUCCUCUCAAUUCUACCCGUCUUCUAGUCGAUGUUCUGUUAACGAAUCACACAUUACAGCGAAAAACCCAAAGUUGAAACCAAUCAGCAUGCGAAACAAUUCAUAUAUAUGUGUAUAGAGCCGUGCAGAUAUGAUAUAUGUAUGUGUUUAUGCACUAAGGCGUAUCGGAAAGUGGGAGCAGAUCCCCGGUGGGGAUACGGCAGAGCCCAGAAGCCCCAGUCCGGAGUCCUAAGGCUAAGGCUCGGCACGAUUCGCUUGAGAUCCAAUGAUCUGUGUUUUGAUUAGAGCGGCUAUGAUUGUGGAUUAUAUAGAUAUGUAUUGUGAAUUUAAGUGCAUCCAAUAUUAAUAUGUGUAUUGUUUUAAAAAUAAAGACUACAAGUUAUAAAAGC